GACAGAUUGCCAAUGCCAAUUGCCAUAUCGAACAUCGUUGUCUUUCUGCUGCUAAUUUGGUUUUCGAUUAAAAAAUCUUUUGGUGCUCUCAUGUUUAUUAAAUAAAACAAUAAUAAACAUUAAAUAGAACAAUGAAAUCAUACAUAAUUUGCCUUUUACUCUUGGGCCUCACCUACGAGGUCCAAUCGUGGGAUAAAGACGAGUUGGAAAUAUUCGAUUUGGUCGAGGAAAUAAACAAGAACUUCUACGAAGUGAUGGCAAUUUCUCAGAAUGCAACUGGCCAAGAAAUCAAACGAGCAUUCCGAACUUUAUCCAUUGUCCUUCAUCCAGACAAAAACAAUGCCGAAGAUGCAAAUAUUCAAUUCAGAAAUUUAGUAUCCGUCUACGAAGUCCUCAAAGAUCCAUCAAAACGGGAAAAAUAUAAUAAAGUAUUAACUGAAGGACUGCCUAAUUGGAAAUCAGCUCUCUAUUAUUAUCGGCGAAUGCGUAAGGUGGGCUUGUACGAGGGAGCGUUAAUAAUCUUCGUCAUAAUAUCCGUCGGGCAGUAUUUAUUCGCAUGGGCUGCAUACUUGGAAAAGAAAUAUACUGCUGAACAAGUUUUCGGUUCUAGACUGAAGAAGCUACAAAAGAAAAAUAAGAAUAUUGAUCUAGACUCGAUACUCAAUGAAAUACCAUCGCCGUCUAUCUUAAAUACGCUACCUUUUCAAAUACCGAUGUUCUUUUGGAACCUUCCAUCUACUAUCAAAUCAGGAGUAUCAAAAGCCAACGAGAUGAAAGAAGCUGCUCUAGAAAAACGAAGACUGGAAGCUGAAGAACUCAAACGACAACAAGAACUUGAAGAAGAGUUCGAAGAAAUGGCCAGAGCAAGGAAAGAGAAAAAGGAGAAUAUUCGCAAACGCCGACUAGCGUCUAAAGCUCCAGAAAAAACCGAUGCUGAACUAGCUGGUUAUUCCCGGAUCGAGGCGAGGGAACCUAACGAAAAAGAUGCUAUUAAAGCCGUUACACAAAAAACAACUCCAUUAAGUGGUGGAUUUUGGACUGACGAAGAUCUAGCCGAAUUAAUCCGAUUGGUUAAAAAAUACCCAGGAGGAGCUGGCAGUCGAUGGGAAACCAUUGCUGAAACAAUGAAUCGCUCUGUGCAGGAAGUUACCUUCAUGGCAGCUAAAAUGAAAGAAAACGGCUAUCGCAUACCCGGCCAAUCCGACAGCGUGGCCGAGAACAUUGUCCAAGAUGUUGCACUAAAAAAAGAAAAAGUCAAGAAAACCGACAAAACCAUCCUCAUUCCCGAAAAGAAUUGGUCACAAGAACAACAGCGGGCAUUAGAAAAUGCCAUAGUCAAGUAUCUUAAGUCGGCAGGAACAGAUCGUUGGCAAAAAAUUGCCAAUUCUGUACCCGAAAAGACCAAGGAAGAAUGUAUUCUACGAUACAAACAUUUGUGUGACUUGGUUAAGUCUCAAAAGAACAAAACGGAAGAACCAACUAAUGGCAGUGAUGAGGAGAAGAAUGACGACCAGCAACGCGUAGAGAAUAUCCAAGAAGACGAAAAUGUUCAGGCAGAUGUUGAGGAGGAAGCGGAAGAAGACCAAGAAGAGUUAUUGAAACAAACAGAAGAGGAACCAACCAAAUCCAAGGGAAAGAAACGAAAUAAGCGAAAAGAGAGAAGACGAAGGAGAGAAUUCUCUAGUGACGAAGACACAGACGACGAAGCUAUCUAAAAAAACAACAAGACAAAACAGUCACAAAUAGUGUAGGUAGUAUUUAUCGCAACCCCAUCAAACGUUGUAUAGUUUAGGAAUGUCGAACGUUCUAGAUUUUUUGUAUGUAUAAAUGUGUAGCUUAUAAACAUAAAUAAAUCAGCCAAUAGUAAAACACAAAUCAAAA